CCGGAGUUUUUCUUUGCGUGCUGGCCUUCGUCUCUUAUGCAUCAGGUCAAAUGCCUGGUGGGAGAGGAGGAGACCUCUCGCCCCAGAUGCUAACGGAGAUGAAGGAAACCAGCAAGGCACUGAGAGAAAUCAGAGAACUGCUAAAACAGCAGGUCAAAGAGAUCAUCUUUUUGAAGAACACCGUGAUGGAGUGUGAUGCCUGUGGCUUGGGCACGGGAGCGACGGGCCCUGGGAUCAUCGUGGCUUUGAACCGCUGUUCUCCGAAUCCAUGCUUCCCAGGGGUCACCUGCACCAGCACCCCGACCAGCUUCCAUUGUGGAUCCUGCCCUCUGGGUUACACAGGCAACGGGACUCACUGCACCGACAUUAAUGAGUGCACAGCCAACCCCUGCUUCCCCAGUGUCCGCUGCAUCAAUACCGAGCCUGGUUUCCACUGUGAGUCAUGCCCUCCUGGCUACAGAGGGCCACCGCUGAAAGGAGUCGGUUUAGCGUUCGCCAGGGCCAAGAAGCAGAUCUGUAAUGAUGUCAACGAAUGCGAGGAAGGGACUGCCAGAAACUGCGUGUCAAAUUCCAUCUGCAUUAACACUCCGGGCUCCUACAAAUGUGGGGCAUGCAAGAGUGGCUUUGAAGGGGACCAGAGUUCCGGCUGCCGGGUCAAGACCAAGCGACGUUGCCCCAAUGGUCAACCAAGUCCUUGUCAUGAGAAAGCAGAGUGCAUUGUCGAGCGGGAUGGGACCCUCAUCUGCCAGUGCAUCGUCGGGUGGGCAGGAAAUGGCCACAUUUGUGGAAGAGAUACCGACAUUGAUGGGAUUCCAGAUGAGAAGCUUCCUUGCAAUGAUGAAAAGUGCCAGAAGGAUAACUGUGUGACGGUUCCCAACUCUGGCCAAGAAGACGCUGACAGGGAUGGGAUUGGUGACGCCUGUGACGAUGAUGCUGAUGGGGACGGGAUAAAAAACUCCGAGGACAACUGUGUGUUUGUGCCCAAUGCGGACCAACAAAACGUGGAUCUAGACAACUUUGGGGAUGCUUGUGACAACUGCCGGAAUAUCAAGAAUAACAACCAGUGGGACAGUGAUGGCGACGGAUGGGGAGAUCUGUGCGACAACGAUAUGGAUGGAGACAAAAUUAAAAAUGUCUUAGACAACUGUCCGAGGAUCCCAAAUAGUGACCAGAAGGACACCGACGGGGAUGGAGUUGGAGACGUCUGUGACAGCUGCCCCUUCAUCAGUAACCCAGAUCAGAAAGAUACUGACCACGAUCUUGUUGGAGACCCGUGUGACACCAACCAGGACAAAGAUGGAGAUGGGCACCAGGAUUCCCGCGACAAUUGUCCUUCGGUGCCUAACAGCUCCCAACUGGAUUCUGACCAGGAUGGGCUUGGAGAUGAAUGUGAUGAUGAUGAUGAUAAUGAUGGCAUCCCAGAUCACAAGCCCCCAGGACCUGACAAUUGUCGUUUGGUCCCCAAUCCUGGCCAGGAGGACACAAAUCGAGAUGGUGUCGGAGAUGCUUGUCAGGGUGACUUUGAUAAGGACCACGUGAUUGACCGGAUUGACGUUUGCCCUGAAAAUGCUCAGGUGACGCUGACUGACUUCCGGGCCUUUCAAACUGUUGUGUUGGAUCCUGAAGGCGAUGCCCAGAUAGACCCCAACUGGAUUGUCCUCAACCAGGGCAUGGAAAUCGUGCAGACCAUGAACAGUGACCCAGGUUUAGCUGUGGGGUACACGGCAUUUAAUGGGGUGGAUUUUGAAGGCACCUUCCACGUGAACACGGUCACGGAUGACGAUUACGCAGGGUUCAUCUUUGGCUACCAGGAUAGCGCCAGCUUCUAUGUGGUGAUGUGGAAGCAGAUGGAACAAACCUACUGGCAGGCCAAUCCUUUCCGGGCUGUGGCAGAACCUGGCAUCCAGCUCAAGGCGGUGAAAUCAAAGACCGGCCCUGGAGAAUACCUGCGUAACUCACUCUGGCACACAGGGGACACAGCUGACCAAGUCAAGUUGCUGUGGAAAGACCCCCGGAACGUCGGCUGGAAGGAUAAGACUUCUUACCGCUGGUUCUUACAGCACCGGCCCCAGGUGGGCUACAUCCGGUAAGGAAAGACCGAUAGAAUCUCGGUAGCUCAGG